ACUUGGCGGGAAUAUCCGCGUUGGGAGGCGGGGGACUCUGUUUUGCUUGGAGGCGCCUCUGUUCGCCCCUCUCGGGAAGGAGGAAGCCGGGCAAGGCACCCUGACCGCCGGGGACGCCGGCGGAGCAACCGAGGACCUGAGUGCAGUCAAGAUGUCCGACAGCGAAGACAGCAACUUCUCCGAAGAUGAGAGCGAGCGCAGCAGCGAGCCUGAGGAGGUGGAGAAUGAGGCGGAAGAGCGGGCCAGCGUUGUAGGGAGCGAGAAAGAAGAAGCGGAGGAGGAAGAAGAGGAGGAGGAGGAGGAGUAUGACGAGGAGGAAGACGAAGAUGAUGAUCGGCCUGCAAAAAAACCCAGACAUGGAGGCUUUAUUUUGGACGAAGCGGAUGUGGAUGACGAGUAUGAAGAUGAAGAUCAGUGGGAGGACGGAGCAGAGGACAUCCUGGAGAAAGAAGAAAUUGAAGCCUCCAACAUCGACAAUGUGGUGCUGGAUGAAGACCGCUCCGGAGCCCGAAGACUGCAGAACUUGUGGAGGGACCAAAGAGAAGAAGAGUUGGGCGAGUAUUACAUGAAGAAAUACGCCAAGUCUUCGGUGGGCGAGACCGUGUAUGGCGGCUCCGACGAGCUUUCUGACGACAUUACACAACAGCAGCUACUUCCGGGAGUCAAGGACCCCAACCUUUGGACAGUGAAAUGUAAGAUCGGAGAGGAGCGUUCCACCGCGAUUGCUCUGAUGAGGAAGUUCAUCGCCUACCAGUUCACGGACACGCCCUUGCAGAUCAAAUCGGUGGUGGCCCCCGAGCACGUGAAGGGCUACAUCUACGUGGAGGCCUACAAGCAGACCCACGUGAAGCAGGCCAUUGAAGGGGUGGGCAACCUCCGGAUGGGCUACUGGAACCAGCAGAUGGUGCCCAUCAAGGAGAUGACCGACGUCCUGAAGGUGGUGAAGGAGAUGACCAACCUCAAGCCCAAGUCUUGGGUGCGGCUCAAGAGGGGAAUCUACAAGAACGACAUUGCUCAGGUAGAUUACGUGGAGCCCAGCCAGAAUCAGAUCUCGCUGAAGAUGAUUCCGCGCAUCGAUUUCGAUCGCAUCAAAGAACGCAUGAGCCAGAAAGAUUGGGUAGCGAAAUGGAAGAAAUUCAAGCGUCCCCCGCAGCGUCUCUUUGAUGCGGAAAAGAUCCGGCUGGGGAAUGUCAUCAGGGCUAGCAGGAUCACCGACGGAGUGAAGCCCACUUUGUCCGAGCUGGAGAAAUUUGAGGACCAGCCCGAAGGGAUCGACUUGGAGGUGGUGACCGAGAGCACAGGGAAGGAACGGGAGCACAACUUCCAGCCGGGAGACAACGUGGAGGUGUGCGAAGGGGAGUUGAUCAACCUGCAGGGGAAGAUCCUGAGCGUGGAUGGGAACAAGAUCACCAUCAUGCCCAGGCAUGAAGACCUCAAGGACAUGCUGGAGUUCCCAGCUCAGGAGCUGCGCAAAUACUUCAAAAUGGGAGACCACGUGAAGGUCAUCGCCGGGCGCUUUGAGGGCGACACGGGGCUGAUUGUCCGCGUGGAGGAGAACUUUGUCAUCCUCUUCUCUGACCUGACGAUGCACGAGCUCAAAGUUCUCCCCCGAGACCUUCAACUCUGCUCCGAAACCGCCUCUGGUGUGGAUGUGGGGGGCCAGCAUGAGCUGGGAGAACUAGUGUUGCUGGACCCCCAGACCGUCGGGGUCAUUGUGCGUCUCGAACGCGAGACCUUCCAGGUGGGUGGGUGACACCUCCGGAUUGUG